AUGACUAUAUACCUCCUGGAACGAAGCAAGAAUCAUAUAACAAAUCAUUUUUUUCCAGAUUCCAUUCGCAAAUGGAACUCUUUAGCAAACGAAGCAAAGAAAACAACCUCUAUCUGUCCAACAAAUCAGUUCUCCGGUAGAUUUGUGGGAUUUUCAUUAUACGUAUCAAACACAACCGACAGAACAGAAGGUCAUCUAUGUGUCCCUGACACAAACUACACCAGGAACACCAUACCCGCCGUCCUCAACGUCACCUGUCCAGUUCACGGACAAUACGUCAUCUACCACAACGAAAGACUACAAGGAAAGAGCUACCCUCCUGGUUAUAGUGCCUACGCAUAUAAUGAACUCUGUGAAGUAGAGGUUUAUGGCUGUUCUGUACCCGGUUACUACGGACCUGACUGUUCAACCCCUUGUCCUGACACCUGUCGUUACUGUCACAUAGAGACUGGAAUCUGUCAGGGAUGUAAACCUGGGUACCAGGGGCAUCAGUGUGAAUCACCUUGCAGUCCUCAGUAUUAUGGAGAACUAUGUAGAGAGAUCUGUGGUAACUGUAGUGACGGGAUCACUUGUAACAAUGUAGAUGGAACGUGUACAAACGGAUGUGACGUCGGUGUCUACAAAGAGAAAUGCAAAACACCUUGUCCUGUCGGUUGGCAUGGGAAGAACUGCUCCCUCAGCUGCACUAAUUGUGACACGUGUGGCAGAUUUACAGGACAAUGUACAUCUCCCUGUUACCCAGGCUGGAAGGGAACACAUUGUACUGAGGAAUGUGACGGGAGGAAAUAUGGACUUGGCUGUAUACAAGACUGUGGAACGUGUCUAGAUUAUAAACAAUGUCACCACACAAACGGAUCAUGUCUAAAGGGAUGUGAUUCCGGAUUUGUAGGAGACCUUUGUAAAACUGCUUGUCCUGUUGGUUGGCACGGGAAGAACUGCGCUCUAAAGUGCACUAAUUGUGACAGGUGUGACAGAUUUACAGGACAAUGUGCAUCUCCCUGUUACCCAGGCUGGAAGGGAAUAAAUUGUACAAAUGAAUGUGACGGGAGGAAAUAUGGACUUGGCUGUAUACAUGACUGUGGAGCGUGUCUAGAUUAUAAACAAUGUCACCACAUAAACGGAUCAUGUCUUCAAAGAUGUGACGCCGGAUUUCAAGGAGAGCUUUGUGAAACUAGUAAGGCGCGAAUGUUUUCCUGGAAAAUUCGGAAAGAACUGUGA